CAGGGGGCACGACCAAGAUCGAGCCAGGUAGCCGGUGAUGCCCGCGGCCGGGCCCGCAGAGCGCUAAGCCGGGCUGGGCCGGACGGGAGUCGGGGCCCGAGCGGGGACCCGAGAGCAACCGGAGCCGGGACCAGAGCGGGAAGCCGGGGCUGGGGCCGGGACCGGGGCCGGGGCCGGACGGACAUCAUGAGGAGCUCGGGGCCGCGCCGGCGGCUGUCGCCGGGGUACCCUCGGUGGGUCCCCGCCCCGGCCGGAGACAGAGCCUAGCGGGGCGCGAGGGGUGCGGGGACCGGGCUCGGGGGCCCAGGCGACCCACCCCACGACUCGGGCUCAAGAGGGGCCCGCCCCGCUCCAGCCCGGCGCCUCCCAGCCAUGCUGCGGUUCAGGUAGAGCCCGCCCGGACGGCUACUGUAGGAGGAGCGCCGAGGGCCGCCUAAGCCGAGCCGGGCGCAGCGCAGCGCCCUCCCGCCUGCCCCGUCGGUCCACCCGGCCGGUCCCAUCCCUCGGGUCGGUGGGCCCGAGUCCUCUCGCCCGUAGGGUCCCCGAACCCCCCCUGAAAUAUGAUCAGGGGCGCGUGGACGUGGCCCCGGAGAGAUGCCGCUGCGCUCACGCUCUGCUGCUGUUGCCGCCGCCGCUGCUGCUGCUGCUGCUGCUGCUACAGCUGUUCCGGCUGCUGCUGCUGCUGCUGCUGCGGCUGCGGCGGCUGCUGCUGGGCUCCCCGGCCCCCUCGGGGGGCCACGAGCGGCGACAAGCCAUGGGCUGACUCAGAGAGGGCGCAGCGAUGGCGCCUGUCACUGGCUUCGCUGCUUUUCUUUACGGUGCUGCUCUCUGACCGUCUGUGGCUGUGCGCGGGCGGCCGCCUGCGGGCCAAGGAGAGGAGUGGGGCGGUGAGGCCGCCCUGGGGGGCCGCCGGCCCGGAGCCCCAGCCCCGGUCCGAGGCCGAGCCGCCCCCCGCCAUGCUGCUGCUGCUGCCGCCGCCCCCGCCCCCGCCGCCCCCGGGGGGCGGCUGCGGGGCUCUGCUGGGCAACCUGACCCCGGCCGCGGCGGCCCCCCCGCCGGGCUGUGGCAGCGGCUUCGACGGGGGCGGCGGCCGCGGCCGGAGCAGCAACCCCGACGGGGGCGGCGGCGGCGGCGGCCGGGCGGGCAGCAUCGACGGGGCCGGCCGCAGCGGCCGCAGCAGCGGGCGCUGGGGCGACAGCGGCCGCGGCAGGAGCCCCUCCGGGCCCGAAGCAGCCUGCCUGGAGCCUCAGGCUCUGCAGAGACUCGUGGGCGCCGCGCCCCCGAGGCCCCUCGUGGCGCCUUUGCCCCCCUCGGGCCGGCCCCCGGCUUCCCAGACGAACUUGCUGCGAGGCCACUUUCGGAACUACAGCCUGGCCUUUUGUGACUCGUACUCGGUGGCGGACCUGCUGCUGGGCAUGGCCCACCAGGACAGCCUGGACUGCAGCCUGGACGCCCUGCUGGCGGAUCUGCUGGCCACCGGCCCGGGGGCCUGGGAGGCGUGCUUGAGCUGCGUCCAGCUGUACCAGCGACUGGACCAACACGCUCAGGAAAAAUACGAGGAGUUUGACUGCUUGCUGCAGAAAUACUUGCAAGCCGAGGAGUAUUCCGUCCGGUCCUGCAUAGGAGACUGUAAGGCUGUCUACAAGGCCUGGCUCUGCUCUGAGUACUUCAGUGUGACCCAACAGAACUGCCAUCCCCGGGUGCCAUGCAAGCAAUACUGCCUGGAGGUGCAGACCAAAUGCCCCUUUAUGCUCCCCGACAAUGAUGAGCUGAUCUAUGGAGGGCUCCCCGGCUUCAUCUGUCCAGGGGUGACGGAGAGCCUGCAGGGCCCAGAGGAGGCCGAGUGCUGUGAGGUGGACUUGAAGCCCUGUGCCUCUCUGGGGGCCAGCAAGGGCUCCUCCUGGGGGGGUCAAAUGUUCCCCGACUCCUCCCAGCACCAGCAGCUGCCCCUCUCCCACCACCAUCUGCUGGCUCCCUCAGCAUACAGGCCUUCCUCGCCACUGCUGCCUGUCUCGGGGGGCUCCUGCCUCAGCCCCAGCAGGAUCCGCCUCUGCGUCCUCGUGCUCAUGCUGCUGCACACCGUGGCCACCUUCUCCAGCAGCCAGAGGGCGGGCGACCUGGGCCUAGAGGUGCUGCCCGCCCUGGAAGAAGCCGUAUCCGGAGAAGAAUGACCUCCACGGAGGGAGGGAGGGAGAAGACACCUGCCCGGGGCCCUCCUCCCAGGGGAGGCAGGGGGACGCCCAGCCCCCUUAGCCUGCCCCGAGCCCAGUGGGAGGGGGCUCUGCCAGGAGGAGGCGGCAGGGAGCAGCAGCCAGCGCCCUCCCCGGAGCCUAAGCCAAAAAGAGGGGAACAGAGCUGGCUGCUCCCCAAGCCUCCCCCCAGGGCCUGCAGCCAGCCCUUCCCCUACUGGGUUUCUGUUCCCAGGAAACCCUUUUUUCCCCCGCAUCGCCAACCCCCCGGCCCGCACUCCCCGGAGUUCGCUGGCAACGCCUGGCGCCCUCCUUCCAGAAUGAGGACUCCAACAGCUCCUCUAGCUCAACUGCACCCUGCUGCCCGAGCUGAAGAGGGACAAGGGGCGAAGUUCCCGUAGGAGCCAGUCCGGGAGAGGAGGGAGGUAGAGAAGGGGCAGCAGGAACAGGGCCAUGACGGAUACAGGGUUGGGGGAGGAGACCCUUUGACGUGGGGAAGAGGCUAGGAGCGGUUGGGAUUCAUGGUGCCUGGGAGGCUGGCCUGCCCUCAUGUGGGGGGGUCUCUGUCCCCCUCCCAGCAGCAUUGAAACCAGCACCAGCUCAAACCCGAGAUACUGGGGGGGAGGUUAUAUGGCUGUAAGGCAACAGCUGCCCGAACCCCUUCCCCCCGGUCUCUCUCCUCUUCCCCAGAGAACUCCAAGACUUAGCCGGGCAUUUCCCACCCAGCUGCCCGGGGAGGGCAGCCCCGGGGCCACACAGGCUAGCCCUCUUGAGCUCCAUCCCAAUCUUCAGGGGAGGGGGGGCCUGGCACUACCACUGACACCUAAGAGCUGCCCGGGGGGGCCUCCCACCUGACCUACCAAAGACCAGAUUCAAUAGGGCUUUGUGCCAACUGCCAACUCAAGGGGCACAUGAGGGCCAGCGGAACGUGGCCAGGAGAGCAGUAGCGAAGGAGGAAGGAGGCCCAGGAGGCUGGGCUAGAGAGCGGGGUGACUCCAGCUGCCUUCAGAGCAGGGGGUCAGUUCCCAGUCAGUGAAGCCUCUCUCACCCAGGACCCCUCAGAGCUGAUACUGGGAGCCAUUGGUUGGGGGCCUGGGGAUUGCAGAAGGAUUAUGGGUAAGGGGGCCUAUGAACUAAAGUGUAGAGUGGAUAGGAGUGAAGGAAGUCUGGAACUGGAUUCAGCUAAUUCAGGCUGAGGGAGGCUUGGGUGUUCAAGGGUGACCUGGGAAGCCCAGCGUUGGAGCCCCAACAGACUCCUGGUGAAGCCCCGCCUGGGUCCUUGCUCUAGGUCCUUCAUUUCUCAUCAACAGUGCUGCCCCUCCCCCAUGCCCAACAGGCUCCGACAUCCUGUAGCUCAGCCCUGGGCUCGCUCGGCCCUGGGCUCGCUCGGCCCUGGGCUCGGUCAGCCCUGGGCUCGGUCAGCCCUGGGCUCGGUCAGCCCUGGGCACUCUCCACCACCGGGCUCUCAGAGAUGCUUUUCUCAAAGAACCGAGAGAGAGAAUGGAGUGGGGCUCUGGGACACAGGAGGCCCUCCCAAGUGCCCUCUGCAGGCAGACCCCAGGGCAAUAGGCUUGUGGAAACCAACAGCACCUCCUCCCCCACCCCAAGUGCCCAGGAGAUGCCCAGCUCAGACUAGCCUAGGUCCUUGUCCAUUGUGGGGUGGGGGUGGCCAGGAGGCACCAAAGUCAACCUCGAUGUCACCCUUCGUACUUGCCCCCCUCCUUUGUGAGCUGCCCUUCCUCCCCCCUGUCCCCAGCUUAUUCCCUCCAACCCAAGCUGGCCAGACUCCAACGCCAUUUUCUACACUGUGCUUCAUGAGUAGGACUUUUUUGCACUAGUCCCUGUGAUAUUCAUUUUCUGAGCCAGUUAAGAAGAGCUACCCCCGCCCGCUGCCUGCCCGCUGCCCUCCGCCCUCUGCCCUCUGCCCUCCUGCUAAAAAUUCAGUUGUCUCCUCACUCUUAUAUCGUGACUCUGUGUUCAGUCCGUGUGUGUAUGUGUGUGCGUGUGUGUGUGUACCUGUGUACUGUUGUUUCUGUUGUGU